UGUGCACAUAUUGACAAGAGGUAGAACCGGUAGAACAGAUGAGACUUUGUUUACGUUCAGUAAAAAUGUUUCAACGUUCUUCAAAGGUUCUGCAUAGUAUUUGCAGAGGCAGACCUAUUCUAAAACAAAUUCGGUGCAAGAGUUCAACGGAGAAUGAACCUAAUUCGACAGGGGACAAGACCAUACCUAAUGGGACAAACAGUAGCAACGACAAAGAAGAUUCGGUUCUGGUAGAACGUUAUGGUUCGUUAACAAUCAUUGGGCUCAAUAGAACACAGAAACGAAAUGCCAUCAAUCAAGAAAUGGCCUUUAAAAUCUGCGAGGCAAUUACAAAUUUUGAAAAUGAUGAUACAUCUCCAGUUGGCAUAAUUCAUGGGGUUGGUGGUUCAUUUUCUUCUGGAUAUGACAUUGGCGACUUGCAAAGCGAAACAAUAAAACUGGAAAACUUGAUGAGUUCGGAAGGGUCAGUUGGUCCAACUAGACGACUAAUAAAAAAACCUAUGGUCUGUGCUAUAAGCGGCUUUUGCAUUGCGAAUGGUUUAGAGUUAGCAUUGAUGUGUGAUUUACGAGUCGUCGAAGAUGAUGCAAUUUUGGGAUUCUUUAAUCGAAGAUUUGGAAUACCACUAAUGGAUGGAGGCACAGUCCGACUUCCUGCUAUGAUUGGACUGUCACGAGCUUUAGACCUUGUAUUGACGGGCAAAAUGGUUCCUGCCAAAGAAGCCUUUGAAAUAGGACUUGCAAAUCGUAUUGUAGCGCCUGGAACGGCUCUGGGACAAUCGAUUAACUUGGCUAACUGUCUGGCUAAGUUUCCGCAAGCAUCUUUGAACCAUGAUCGCAACGGAAUUUAUACGUCGGCCUUUGAAACAAAAUCACUGGACACAUCCUGUAUGAAUGAGAUAAUGACAUUAACCAACGAUGUUGUUAAUGAAAUGAAAUUCGGUGCAGCUCAAUUUAAAAGUGGUAUUGGAAGAGGCGGAAAAUCAAGUAAUAUCAAAGAAAGAACAUUGGCUGACUGGGAGAUGGAUGAGAUUAAAAGAGAACGUGAAAGUCAAAAUAUCCGAGACGAUCAGCCCGACAAAACGUAAGAUUUAAGGGAUUUAAGACAGAGAGAGAAGAUGGGCUUGUGAAGUUCGUGGAUUAGAUAAUAAAUUCUUCGUUGCAUAACCA